GAGCUGAAAGGUACAGGGUAGAAUCAGAGUUAGCUGUACUUCUGUCAGGGAGGAUGUACAAGCACCACAGCAGCAACAUGAGCAGCUCAGUCCGCAGGAGAAAGUAACACCCACAAGAGCACGAUGGGAGCCUACCUCUGGUUCUUCCUGGCCUUUAUGCAUGAAGCCACAGCAACCUUCCGUCCACGCCAGCUUUCGCCCUGCCCUGUGGUUCAUAGGAAUGUAUACUGCAAUGGCAUGAACCUCAGGACCAUCCCAGCACAGUUGCCCCCAGACAUGCAUGCACUGGAUCUGUCCCGGAACCUCCUUCAAAACCUCACCCAGGAGGUCCUGGCCUUCUAUACCUCCAUUCACCAUCUCAACCUCCACUCCAACAAGAUCCAGUUCAUACAGCCUGGCCUAUUCAGAGACAUGACUAACCUCCAGGAGCUGGACCUCUCCAGAAACUGCCUAGAAAUUUUUGCCAUGUCGAAAACAGAGGUUGGGCCUCUCCCCACUGUGAAGAGGUUUAGCCUCUCAGGAAAUGGCCUGGAUUCAGGCAUGACAGACUACUUUCUGCAUGAUGCCCCAUCUCUUGUGAAUCUCUCCCUGGAUGGGAACAGCAUCACCAAAAUCAGCAAAGACACCUUUUCUGGUUCCUUGGCCCUGAGGAAUGUUGACCUGCAUAACAAUGUCAUCUUGGAGAUUGAGGAAGGUGCAUUUGAGUCUUUGGCAGACCUUUCCGAGCUUGAUUUGUCCAUGAACUCCAUUACCUGCAUCAAUGACUUUAACCUCCCCCAGCUGAAAUGGCUAAACUUGAGUAGGAAUAGCCUGGAAUCCUUUCAGACUGUAGACUCCGAUGUCCAGUAUGAGCUCCUGCACCUUGACCUACGAGAAAAUAAGAUCCACUACUUUCCUGUCCUCCCGAGAAGGAACAAGCUGGUCUACUUGGACUUAUCUAGAAACCUAAUGAGGAGCGUGAACACAACCAACCUCAUGGAAGAACUGCAGUACAUUCAUGACGGCAAGUUCACAACCCAUGCCCUAUCUGCUAGCCAAAAGGCCCACAAUGACCUUCCGAGACUCCUGCACCUAGACCUGAGUUACAAUCAAUUAAAAAGCAUUUCAGCAUCAUUCUUUGGCGGCCUGGGAGCUCUUGAGGUGCUCAACCUCAGCAAUAACUGUCUGGAGUCAUUCUCUGUGGACCGUAAUAGCCCUCUGGAUUCCCUGAAGAUUCUCGACCUCAGCUUCAAUGCCCUGCAGAACCUCACCUUCGAAGAGAACACCCUCAGGUCACUGGAGGAGCUGCACCUGAAGGGGCGUGUCCUUGGCCCUUUCGACCCCACCAUCUUCCGCAGGCUGCCCAGCAUCAGGGACCUUCGCCUCCAGCAGAGUGCUCUGAGCCUGUGUGGAUCACACCAUAGGUUGUCCCAAAAGGGAUACCGCCUGCAAGGGGGCGACUGCAUAUUCCUCUCCUCCAUCCCCACGCUGAGCAGGCUCUACCUGUCUGGGCCCGGCCUGGAGUCUGUGCCACAGGGUGCCUUCCAUGGGACCCCUCUAAGGGUGCUGGACCUUUCCAGAAACCCAGGCUUGGACAUUCACAAGAAUGCCUUCUCCGGCCUGGAAAAGUCCCUGACUCAUUUGUCUCUCAGGGAGAAUGACCUCUUGGCGCUAAGCACCGACCUGUCCCUCCUCAGCGGCCUCAGAGACGUUGACUUGUCCCUAAACAGGCUGACGGCCCUCCCGCUGUGGAACAAGGAGUCCUCCAUCGAGUGCCUCAACCUGCAAAACAACAGCCUGGUCACGCUGGAGUACAGCACCGUGCUGGCCCUGGAGAAGACCCUCAAGACGCUCUACCUGAGCUCCAACCCUCUCAGCUGCUGCGGCAACCUGCAGUUCCUCCACAUGGUCCGGGGAUCUUCCCUGGAGAUCCCCGACAUGGCCUCCGUCAUGUGCCGGUACACGCAGAGCUCGGAGCACGAGGAGGUGGGCAUCGCGAGCGUGCAGCAGGAGCGCUGCGAGACUCUGGACAGGAAGAGCCUGGGCAUCAUCAUUAUCACCAUCACAGCCCUAGUGUUGAUCGCAGUGCUCGUUUUCCUCUCCAAAAUGUGCCAAUCGAGGAGACGCAAGCUGAGGGGCAGCUUCAAGGCCUGAGACUGCAGACAGUGAGCGAAGCAGCAGACACACUGUAAAAUGUUAGACGUUAAAUCAACUCUGAUAAGAGUGUAUUUUACUCUGAUAGAGUACAUCAGAUCCCUCUUGGACUCCAUAUAAAAUAUAAUCUAUUAUGUGAGAUGGUCACCAUCAGAUAACAAUUAUGGGGCACUAAUUAUGAAAGCAUUCCUGUGCCUUGUACACACUACCUGCAUAAUUUGAUGUUUCCUUGCUUGGCAAUUUGUUUUAUUUUUAAUUUUAGACAUUCUGGUCAUUUUAAAAAGUCUAAUUUGCACAAAAUAAUGUUUUAAAAUCAAUGUUUAUAAAGUAUAUACACUCAGUGAUCACAUUAUUAGGUAGUCCUGUACACCAGCUUGUACAGGUAAUAAGGUGUAUGACGUAUGAUUAAAACUGAACAGGGAAAGAGAUAUUUUUCAUGCAUGGGGUGGUUCCCCUUACGACGCAUGGCCUUUUCCUUGUCAUGUUUGCAAUCUUUCUGAAGAAUGAAUGGUUUGCACUUUAAUAACGGUAAAAUGGUUGUGGUUGCAGAAAAUGUGAGCAUGCUUUCUAUACAACGUAGGAACCCCAAAAAAUGAAGAUUAUGAACAAGAGGCAUAGUGAAUAACAUUUUAUUUUCCUCCAACGAAGCAAGUGAUGAUACUGAACAGCAAUUAUUUUAUGGUGUCUAGACACCUGAAGGAUAUUGAAGGAUUUUACUAUUGAAAAAAAACAACUAUCUGUCUUUCAAGAUGUGCGAUCCUUACAGGACAUGCAUGUGUAAAUUGAUUUUGCUUUAUUAGGAGGAAAUGUGUUUUGUGUGGAGGGGCGUGUUCAGGACCGAACCGGAAGCCUUGAUGUCAGAACACCUGCAGAAAAAAUGUGGCCUGUUUAUACAGCUUGUAGGGCACUGCAGAUACAUUUCCUGUUAUUGACAGAGCAUUACAAGCUCAUUUAACCUGUGCAAGAUGACUAUGUGCAAUUUAAAAACAUGCAUUCCAAGAAUGUGGUUUUCCUGACAUUGCUUGCACAUCAGGUUUUCCCACGGAGAUUUUCUCUGUUACCUUGGAAUUUAUGUUGAGGCAAGUUGUAGCUUUGAUUAAUUAAAUAAUUUUUUGGAUUUUGAAGCUUAAACAAAGCACAGAGUAAAUUUGCUCUGAAACAAAAAGGCAUUUUAAUGGACCCUUAAUUCCUCAUACUUAUUUUGCACAGAAGGGAAUUGUGGGACACCACAGAGGGAACAAAUGUCAACUUUGUUUUUUUUUUCACUGGGAUCUAUUGCUAGACCCCUUCCCUUAACUAUUGCCAAAUUUAAAUCUUUAAUUAUACCUGAGAAUACGUUUUGCACCACAUGAUCAACUUAAUAUCAAUCUGAACUGUGCAAUCAAGAUUUAAGAAAGGAUGCUUUGUUUCUAUUUUACAUUUUAAGCAGGUUCUGGUUAUUCUGUUCUGGUUCUUUCUUCCGUAUCUGCCUGCUCCUUCUGUUUGGGCUAUGCAGGGUCAAUAAUGCUGAGAGCAGCAUUAAACUAGAUUUCUCAUAUCCUGCACAGAGAUUCAAAUGCUUGUUCAAACAGGAGUCCCAUCUUUUAUAAAGAUUCUCAUUGUGAAAAGUACAAGGAAUGAUUGACAUGUUCGGUAAAUUAUGUAUUUUUCAUUUGUUUGCUUACUUAUGAAAUGAAUAUAAUUAUGCCUGUACAAGUUUCAUAUGACAAAUAAUAAGUCAGUAUUAUUGUUGGACAAUUUUAAAAGUAUAACACUACACUCAGGAAGUAUGGUCUUCCUUGCUGUUUGUGUGUGUGUGUGUGUGUGUGUGUGUGUGUGUGUGUGUGUGUGUGUGUGAUUGUGCGUAAGGUAUUACUUUCAAAUGGAAAGAGGAAAGCCCCCCACAGAGGGAAGUGUUUUCUUUCCUUGUGUAUAUUUAUAGAUAUUUAUUUGAGAAACAAUUUACACUAGAAUAAUAGCUGGUUUGUCUUCUCACCUUCAUAUGUCACUUCUCAGUCUUUAGACACUGCUUUUGGACAACUUUCCCAGGCUGGAAACCACCUCAACCAUCACACCUGAAACCACAAAUGAAUCUUGUUUCAGACGGUCACUUUGUACACAGUAGUGAAUACAUAGUAAUGGGUAGGAGUUAUUACCUGUUGAUACUAACAGGAACUUUUUUCUAAAAGAUGCUUCUAUCUUGAUUGUGCUUGUGCUUCUAUCGUGAAUUAAAUGCAAUGAAAUCAUCUGUAUCAUUGCAGCCUAUUACAGACCAUAUGAAGAGAAUUGUUAGUAUGAAUUGUUAGUAUAAUUGUUGUGUAUAUGAUAUGUAUAUGACUAUUUUUGAACUACUGUAUAACUAUAUUUAUAUGUUUUUUGUACUUUCUAAAGUAAAUUAUCAUUAAUACCAA